AUGGAAAUGGAAAUGAGCUUAAUUAAAGAUUGUCUUUUUAAAGAGAAUAGGAUCAUUAAGGAAUUACACAAAGGGCAUCUUGGUGCAGGGAAAACGAAAUUGUUGGCAAGAGAUUAUUUGUGGUGGCCUACUCUAAACGCUGAAAUAGAUCAGGAGGUGAGAAACUGUGAUACGUCUGUAAAAGUGUUCGAACGCGUGCACAUCGACUUUGCACAGUUUGAAGGUAGCAAUUUCUUGGUAUGUGUUGACACACUUAGCAAGUUUCCUAUCAUUAGAAGAAUGAGAGAUAUAACUACGAUGUCUACAAUCAAAAAAAUAUUAAAGAUAAUCAGUAUGUUUGGUAUACCCAAUAUGAUAAUCAGUGAUAAUGCAACAUCACCUCUACAAACUACUAGUAAUACUACAUCAGAAAUUUCAGAAACUGAUUCUUCUCAAAAUAUGAAUGAAGCUAAUCUAGAAAAUCAAGAGGAGGAAGAUGGAGUAGGAGAUUAUGGUGUUUCAUUAUUACAUUUUGAUUUUAAAACAAAUAAAGACGAAGAAGAGACUCAAUCAUCUUCAUCUAGCUGCUCAGUCUCUCAUUGUCAAGAAGCAACUAUGUCAAAAAAGUCCUCUAAUGGUUCAAUUCAAAUCCCUGGUGACCUUGGCCAGAAUAAACCAAAUCAAAUCAAAUUAAACAAUUACGCGAAAAAAGAUAUCCAUGGAAGGCAAAGAUCAUUUCAAAAAUCAUGGUAUAGAGGCCGAGACUGGUUGGAGUAUAGUGUAGAAGCUGACGCUGCCUUUUGUUUUCCAUGUAGGAAAUACUUGUGUAAUCUAAGUGAUGAAUUUGGACAAACGGGAUUCAGAAAUUGGAAAAAUGCGUUAGCUGCCAAGAAGGGACUGCUUAAACACGAGAGCUCAAAAGCUCAUUUAAAUUCAAUUACAAUAUGGCAUGAUAAAAAUCAAAAUAUAAACAAUGGUACAGAAAUAACUAAAAUGUUGGGAGGUGAUCAAAUUAAUCGUAAUCAAUAUUAUAUUAAAUCAAUAUUUGAUUUGAUGCUGUUUCUUAGCAUACAAGAGCUACCUUUCCGUGGGACUGGUUCAACAAAUAUUACGGAUGCUGCAAAAGAUGAAAACAUAAUUUAUUCUUCUGGACUAUUUAUAGCAAUGUUUUCCUACACCAUCCAAAAAGACCCUGAAUUAAAUAAAAUUAUGAAAUUUAUACCCCAAAAUGCCCAGUAUACAUCACCACAGAUUCAAAACGAAGUAAUAUCCAUUAUGGCAGAUAUGGUGCUUGAACAUAUUUCAGACAAAUAUAAUAAAAGCGAGAUGCCUUUUUUUUGUCUUAAGGCCGAUGAGACAAAAGAUGCUUUAGGUUGUGAAAAUCUGAGCAUAAUAAUUCGCUAUAUUUUUUCUGGAGAAAUCCAAGAAAAUUUAAUAGGAAUCAUUAAUUUAGAGUGUCUUUCUGCUGAAAGCAUUACAGAUUGCAUUUUAAAGCAACUUAAUGAUCUAAAUAUUAAUUCAGCUAAUAUAAUAAGCCAGUCAUAUGAUGGUGCAAACGUUAUGUCUGGCCGAAAUGGAGGAGUGCAAACACUUCUUCAAAAAAAAUUAAUAAAAUUGUUCCUUUUAUACAUUGCUACAACCACAAGUUGCAUCUUGUAA